AUGGACGGAUCACGGACGAUGGACGGAUCAUGGAUGAUGGACGGAUUACAGACGAUGAACGGAUCACGGACGAUGGACGGACCACUAACGAUGGACGGAUCAUUAACGAUAGACGGAUCACAGAUGAUGGACGGAUUACAGACGAUGGACGGAUCACGGACGAUGGACGGAUCACAGACGAUCGACGGAUCACGGACGAUGGACGGAUCACUAACUAUGGACGGAUCAUUAACGAUAGACGGAUCACAGAUGAUGGACGGAUUAUUGUAUGCAAUUACAAGACGAAAGAGUGAUAGUGUGUCACAGACGAUGGGCGGAUUACAGACGAUGGACGGAUUACAGACGAUGGACGGAUUACAGACGAUGGGCGGAUCACGGACGAUGGACGGAUCACUAACGAUAGACGGAUCACAGAUGAUGGACGGAUUACAGACGAUGGACGGAUCACGGACGAUGGACGGAUCACAGACGAUGGACGGAUCACGGACGAUGGACGGAUCACGGACGAUGGGCGGAUCACGGACGAUGGACGGAUCACUAACGAUAGACGGAUCACAGAUGAUGGACGGAUUACAGACGAUGGACGGAUCACGGACGAUGGACGGAUCACAGACGAUGGACGGAUCACGGACGAUGGACGGAUCACGGACGAUGGACGGAUCACUAACUAUGGACGGAUCAUUAACGAUAGACGAAUCACAGAUGAUGGACGGAUUGCAGAAGAUGGACGGAUCACGGACGAUGGACGGAUCACGGACGAUUGACGGAUCACAGACGAUGGACGGACCAGUAAUGAUGGACGGAUUACGGACGAUGGACGGAUCACAGACGAUGGACAGAUCACGGACGAUGGACGGAUCACUAACGAUGGACGCAUCACAGACGAUGGACGGAUCAGUAACGAUGGGGUCACGGAAGAUUAUUUAA